CAAUUGUCAGUUGUACAUUUGUACUCGCAAUUCAAUAGUUAAAAGUUUUCUUACUAUUAUAUAGUUAUUAUUAGUAAUAGACAAUAGUUAAUCAAAGUAUAUGAUAAUAUUAUGAUUUGUGAUCUAAGAUUUUCUUUUUUUGACUUAUUAAGUUAUCAGUGUUAUGUCCUAAUAUUCUAUUAAAUGAUACAUGAAUUUUGAUUUUUAAUUACCAUUUAUUAUGAAUAAAUUAGCUCCAAGUAAAUGUACAGUAUAUGUUUCGAAUCUUCCAUUCAAUUUAACAAACAACGAUUUACAUAAAGUAUUUGAAAAAUAUGGAAAAGUAGUUAAAGUUACUAUAGUUAAAGAUAAAACAACACGCCAAAGUAAAGGAGUGGCAUUUGUAUUAUUUCUUAAUCAAAAUGAAGCUAACGAUUGUGUUAAAUCUACAAAUGGCAUACAAAUGUUUGGACGAACAUUAAAAAGCUCUAUUGCACUAGAUAAUGGCCGUAGUACAGAAUUUAUCAGAAAACGUCAGUAUACUGACAAAAGUUUUUGCUACGAAUGUGGCAAAGAAGGCCAUCUCAGUUACAAAUGCCCAGAAAAUUGUUUGGGCGAACGACAGCCACCACAAAAAAAAAAAAAGAAAAACUUAAAUGGCAACGAAGGAUGUAGCAAAAAUCAAGAAUCUUAUCCUAGCUCAGAAGAGGAUACAGCAUUUUAUGAUAAAACUAAAAAUUUUAAAGAAAGAAAUAGCGAAGAAGAAGAAUGUGAUUUAUCUCAUAUGGAGACAUUAAGUGCAGUUAUACAUGAGGAACAAGAGAAUAAUAUUGACAUAAGUAGCAAAGUUGAAGUAACACAUACAAAUAAAAAAGUAUACCGUAAAAAUUCAUACUUUAGUGAUGAGGAAGAGCUUAUUGAAUAAUAAUUUUAAUAAAUAUUUUUAUUCUAUAUUUUGUUAAGAUAUUACAAUUACUUAUUAUAAUUAUUAUACACACC